CUCCCGACCAGCUCGUCUGCUCUUACGUCCUGAUCCCAGCUCCCCCGCUCGGCGACAGCGAAUAGACGGACCCGCGGCACGCAAGAGGCGAUCGUGUUGCACGGACGGCAGGCCUGCGAGUCGGACGCUGGCGGCGCGCGGCAGUUACAUAAGCGGCGGUAUAGUUGAUCAUUUUUUGCCUGACCCCACGUUCCGCGCACCAGGAAACAAGGCUCGGUGUCCUGGACUCUUGUUCGUCGCGGAAUCGGUGAAGAUACCCUAGGACUGCCUCUCAGUUCGCCCCACCAUGUCCAGCGACUACGCCCCGCCGACGACCGAGACGAUGGGCCACCAACCCCAUCCAUACCUGCACGAGCCGGUGCUCUACAUCACGGGCCUCCCCCCGUACGUGAAGGACGAGGAUCUCGCACCCGCAUUCCAGACCUGCGCGCCCUUCAGACCGAACCUCCAGCGCGACGGCUCGAGCAAGCCGCUCUCGGGCACGAUCGAGUUCAAGUACAUUGAGAAAGCGGAGAAGGCCCUCGCGACACUGCAGGCGCGUCCCAUCGCGGGUCUCACGCCUCCCGUGCUGCUGGUGCUCUCUCCGUACCCGUCCACCACGCCGCCAACGCCGCUGCCACCGCCCAAUGCGCAGCCGCGUCUCGUGAAGCACCUCCCUCCGGGCUACACAGACUCGCAGCUCUACGAUCUCUUCAGGCCGUAUGGCGCGCUCGCGUCCGUGCGUACGCAGUCGCCGUUCGGGAAGGAUACAGGUGUGGUAGAGUACUGGCGCGAGGAUGACGCGCGUGAGGCGGAGGAGGCGAUGCACUGCGCCGACGUAGAGGGACAGAAUAUUGCCGUGCAAGUAUACCAGCCGAGGCGUGCGGGCGUGGCCGCAAGCGAGUUCAACGCGACUGCACCCUCGUUUGUGCCGACUGGCUCGGUUUUCCCUUAUCCUACGCAGUACUCUCCGCCCCGAGCUCCUCCAUACCAGCCUCGCUCGCCCGCGUUCGUGCACGGCCCUGGCCAGCAAGUACAGUUGGCACCUUUGUCAGGACCUGGCUCAUCUAGCCACAGUGGACUGAUCGAUCCCUGCAAUCUUUUCAUCAAAAAUCUCGACACAAGUAUCGACUCUAACGGCCUUUUCACGCAUUUCCGUCAGUUUGGGCAGAUUGUCAGCGCGCGGGUGAUGCGCAACGAGAACGGCGACAGUCGCGGCUUCGGAUUUGUCUCCUACCAGACGCCCGAUCAAGCCGCGGCGGCUAUGCAUGGAAUGAAUGGCGUUGUACUCGGCACGAAACAGCUCGUCGUGCGUUUGCACGAGCCCAAGCAAUUGCGGCAAGAAAAGUUGGCCGCGCGCUUUGCAGGGCACAAUGGACACCCGAGGGGUGGUAGUGGUGCGACGAGCCCGACGGCUAGCGAGGCUGGUGAAAGUUACGCAGGGUGGCCGAGCCCCGGAAGCCGUACGGCGGCCCUUGGUUCACCUGUUAUGGCCCAGCACAACCUUGACCGUCCGGAUCGCGCGAGGAGAAGCUCAGGCAGCUAUUAUCAUGCCGCGCUAUCAGGUACACUCAACUUGCCCAUGCGCUAUGACGACCUGUCGGCCCUUUCGCCCGUCGUCCGAAAAGAAGUCCUGUCUGGCGAGCUCACCAGACGCAUCAAAGCAAUGGGCGGGGUAUCGCCUGAUGAACUCGACUCCGUCGUCGACGCAAUUGUCGCACUGUCCCUUAGCGAGAUCGUGCAGGGCAUCCAGGUCCCCGGGAAACUCGCCGAACAGGUGGAAAUCGUCAAGGCUGGUCCGCAACCACAAGCGCCAGCACCCUCGAAGUCGCCCUCGCCCUCGAGCACGCUCGAUCUCACCGCUCCCAAUGCGACGGCCUCCGCGCCGGACCACCCGUCCACGCCGAUCUCGAUGCCCGCGACGCUGUCGACACCCCCACGCACGGAGUCGCCGUCCGGCUCUGUCGCACCAACGUCCGAGAAAGAGAGGAUGGCGGCGGCGGUAGCCAAGCUCGAGUCGAGCCGCAUCGCGGAGCUCACCGACCUGCUCAUGAGCCUGCCCAAGCGCGAGCGCGCGAUGUGCCUGUUCAACGUGGAGGUGCUCCGUGCGAAGCUCGCGGACGCAAAGAUGGUGCUUGAGGUGGACGAGGAGGACGAGGCGCCCGCGAAGACGGUGGUGCCUGAGCCCCCCGUAACGCCGCAGGCGCGCAAGAUCGCGCCCAUGGAUGCGUCCCCGAGAACGCCGGACAUGUCGUCGCGCGGCCCCUCUGCUGCGGCGUCGCCGAUGCCUGAGACGCCGAGCAGCACCGCGGCGCACACCAUCGCGUCGCUCGCGCGCCUGCCUGCGUCGGAGAUCAUCAGGAUUGCGAAUUCGGCGUCUGCGACGGGCCUGCCCCUGCCCAAGGCGGACCCGCUGGUGGUGAAGGCGACCGACGACUUCAUGGAUGGCUUGAUGGACAAGCCCGUUCAGCAGCAGAAGCAGCAGCUUGGUGAUAAGAUUUUCCGCGUUGUGAAGGCAUUCGGUAUCAAGGGAGCGCCCAAGAUUACAAUUACCCUCCUUGAUCAAGACGAUCUCCGCCCGUUGGCGCACCUCAUGAACAGUUACCCGUCUGUGCUGAAGGAGAAGGCCCUCCUCGUCCAGGCAGCCAACCAGAAGUAAGGCGCUGCGGUUGGCCCUGGGGCCCAGACACACGACGUCUCCCGGUCUCUCGUCUACAUCUUGCCCAAGUCCGAUAUAAUGGUCCAUUUCAACUGCUCACCGAUAAUACCAGCCUCUCCCUCCAGCAUCUCAGUGCAACGGCCCCGGAGGAUGCUCGCAAACCACCGACUAACCAAUUGCACCGCAUGGCAUCGCCGGGCGGUCGUUGCUGAAUUUCCUAGCCUACUACGUAGCUCUCCCACUGCUCUUUCUCUACGCAAACAUUUCUACAGCCUCACGCAUACAUUGCUUCUUACGUUGGAUUGGAAUCCUGCCCCUUUACGACCUUUCACGACAUGACCGUCUCGUUCCAUUGUCGUAGUUUUUGCUUAUCAAUGCGACCCGGUGGUCUGAGCCCGA